AUGCUCCUAACCUCCAUGGGCAGAGGCCCCAAAGUGGCCCUCUUGGCGGCCGUCACACUCACUUUCCUCCUCAUCCUCCACAUCAUCUCGCCAUCCGCUUGGCGUCCCACCUGGCGCCUGCCAACCACUACUGCACAGACUGGAGACGGCACAUCCUCUCCGCCGCCUGCCGCAGCACUGCAGCAACACGACCACACGUCCGGCAAAUUCAAUCCACAGCAAGCUUCACAACAAGCUUGGUCGCAUUACGAUCCUAAUGAUUCUACCGCGGAUUCCUCGUCGCCAAGGCCCAAAGGCUCACACGCGAACAAGCCGAAGCCCAAACCGAAGCCCGACUUAGCGCCAUGUCAGAAGCUCGAGGGUGGCGAGGAUGUCCUCGUGGUGAUGCGUACUGGCGCCACCGAAAUCAAAGACAAGCUACCCGUACAUUUCAACACGACAUUCAAAUGCUACCCCAAUUAUAUCAUCUUCUCCGACUACGAGGAAGACUUCCAUGGUCACCAGGUCCACGACGUCCUCAAAUAUAUCCCCGAUGAGAUCAAGACGACCAACGUCGAUUUCCAACAUUACAUGCAUGUCCAGGAAGUCGGACGUCAAGGCCUCGACAAAGCCGAGCUUUCCGGUCAAGUCAGCGAGGAGAGUGGGCCGGUGGGCAAGCUUGACAAUGCUGGCUGGAACCUCGACAAGUGGAAGUUCUUGCCCAUGGCAAACGAGACCUUGGCUCGCCAUCCCGACAAGAACUGGUUCGUUUUCGUCGAGCCCGACAGCUAUCUCGUUUGGUCCAGCUUUCUGCAAUGGAUUCCGAAGCUGGAUCCCUCCAAACCACUCUACGUGGGCAGUGAGGUCAUGAUAGGAGGAGAUAUCUUUGCCCAUGGAGGCUCGGUCUUUCUCCUGUCAAAGCCAGCCAUGGAGAAGUUGGCCAAAGUCUACAAUCACCAAACGGCUGAGCUGCAUGAAUACACCGCUGGUCACUGGGCCGGUGACUGUGUUCUCGGAAAGACGUUGCAUGACGCGGGCGUCGAUCUUACCUGGGGUUUUCCAAUGUUCCAAGGUGGCAACCCAUCCAUCUCCAUGGAUUGGGACGAUGGGAAAGGGCCCAGAAAGCUUUGGUGUACACCCGCCAUGUCCUACCACCACUUCAUCCCCUCCGAGAUUGACGAAUUCUGGCACUUCGAGCAGCGCUGGAUCGAGGAACAGAAGAGAAAUUCGCAUGUGAAAAGCCGAGCAGCAUUUUCGCUUUGGCCCAAGGAUAUGAGUGGCGUGCUACACCAUCGGGAUACAUUCAAGCAGUUCGUAUUACCGAAAAUCUCAUCGGAGCUUAAGAAUUGGGACAAUACGCCGGACUGGAUACACCCGGAUACCAUGGGGAUGAAGAUGAAGGAUUGCCGAGAAUUGUGCAGAGCCAACAGCACCUGUCAAGCGUACUCCACGAGUGAGCUCGGAUGCUCGAUCGGACCGAAGCCGUACACAGGUAGGAAGAAGAAAGGUGUCUCCUCUGGCUGGUUGAUGGAACGCAUAGAAGCGUGGCAGGGGACGAUCGAUCGUUGCAGCGGACAGGAUCGGUGGGUGACUGAUUGA